UCCCUUGAAAAAUUAGUUUUUGAAACCAAAAGAGGAAGUUAUAGUGUUUGGAAAAAAAUAUAAUCAUCAUGUAGACAUUAAAAUUUUAGUUUUCUGUAAAUUUGCCAGGAUGUUUCAUACACCAGAUUACUAUCACAAUAUAUCCAUGAGACUGUCUGAGGUUCUGGAUGAUAUUGGAGCAAAUGAAAAUAUUGUAAUGAAGAGGAGGAGGACAGCUUUACUGAGAGAAACUAUGCGGACAAUCAUGCUCAGAGCAACUCGUACACAAACCACUUUUUAUGCUUUAGGCAGUCAAUCAGAGGGCACCACAACAAUAGGACUGCAAUCAGAUAGUGACAUACUUGGCUAUACAGAUGAUAUGAUUGUGAUACAGGACUGGUCUGAAUGGACUCCAGGUAAUUCUAACUUUCUCAUGAUUCAGAAUGAAACAACACCACCUGGUUAUUGUCUUCUACAGCUACUUAGAGAUGAUGCUCCACUUCCUGUUACAGUUGAAGUGGGUAAUUACUUUGUAAAUGAUACACAAUGACGGAUCUUGAUCAAGAACACAAUAAUUGAUACUGUAAUGCCAGAAGGAGAUCAGCGACAAGGACCAUCAUCAGCAUCAGCUGCAAAACCAGGUUUUCUUGCAAAAGACAUUGUAUUAGCAAAUCCUUGUAAAUCAUGGCCCCAGUCAUCAAGAGCUUGGCUGCACCAGCAAGAAUCAAAUACAUGGCCAACAGCAGAAAUGAAGAAAUAUGCAAAAUCAACAAAGUGUUUUGUUGUUGGUGUUGGCAGCAGAGCAAGUGAAAAUGCAGCCUUUGAAUGGAGAUUUUCUACCUCAUUAGCUGAACGCUGCUUGAUGUUCAAUUUGAAUAUUACUCAGAUAAAAUGUUAUAUCUUAAUGAAAAUGAUUCUUAAAACAUACAUUUAUGUUGAAAAUCUUGACAAUGAAAGUUACAUUUCAAGUUUCAUGUGUAAAACUGUUUUAUUUCACUGUAUAGCAAGUAAACCUUCAUGUGUAUGGAAGGAGUGUAAUAUAUUAAACUGUUUAAAUUACUGUCUAUUUACACUGAACAAUUGUAUAUUGAAUGAACACUGUCCCCAUUUCAUUGUUCAUGAAAACAAUUUAAUGGCGGGAAAAUUUUCUGCUGAAGUCAAACAGCAGUUACUUGAAAGAAUGUCAACUUUGAUACCAUUUGACGGCAUAUCUCUUUUUGGAAUUCAGACUGACAACCUUGGCGAAAAACUUCAGACUAAGUUCAAUAUUAUAAAUGAAGUACAUCAUGAUAUACCACAGUCAGAUGAGUGCAUAAUGCUUAUAACAGCUAAUUUAUUAGGUCAUAUAGCUAAAGCUGUUUUAAAGAUAGAGAAGAUAGGAAGUUUAGAAACACUAUUACAGACAGUGAUACAACUAAAAAUAUACUACAGAGCUGGCAACAUGCUAGAAAAGACAGCAUGCAGACUUCUAGUACCUCGACAUUGUACAUCAAUAGGAUCUCUGAUAGCCUCACAGAACAUUCAAAUUAACAACACAGUUUCUCCUCAAGCACUUACAUGGAUUGAAGCAGGACUGGACUCAGAUGUUGCUUCAAGCAGACUAAAACUUGCAUCUAUAAUGUAUUGUGUAGGCAAUACAGAAAUAGCUGCUUUAAUUCUUUCUCAUAUAGAAGAACAAUAUAAAAUAGAAGUUACCGAGCCUAUAUGUGACUGCUAUAAAUUUUAUAAAUGCGGCUUUAAGACAGGAUUUGGUCAACUUUCUGGUCAAUAUGGUGUAGGAUCUUUAAAAGAUAUUGUUGCAUUUUGUGUAAAAUUUUCCACUUUGGAAAUAAACUGUGUACUACAUGAACUUCAGUAUGAAAUGUUUAGAUCAACACAAGAGGACCUGCUACAUAGAGGUAGACGUGAUAACUGGAUGGACUGUGCUGUAGUAGACUCACUUCCAUACCAUUACUUUCUACAAUACAAGACAUACAGUUUCCUACAGAGACCCGCGGAACAGCAACAAGCACUGACCAAACUUGGGUGGGUCAUUAGAACAGAGCACAAUCUUUGACACAGAGAAACAGCACUGAAUUUACUAGGGCAGUGCAUGGAACAGGAGAACAGACCUGUUGAUGCUCUACAAUUUUACAUGUUAUCUUUACGCCACAGAGAAAGAAACAAUGCUGCUAGAUUUCAUGUAUGCAGGUGUUUGGCUAAUACAAACUCAUAAAGAUCUACCUACCUGAACUGUCUGGACAUUCUGAUUUACAACUGACACAAUGACAGAAAUACUUCACAUUUUAAAAAGCUAUUAUUCUUGUUAUGAGCCAGUGAGCUUGUUAUGAACCAAGGACCCCACUGGAAAUAAAUUGAAAAACUUUAUGGGUUAUCCUGUGGUGUAUAUAUGUCUCUAAAUUUAUGUACAGUCAAACUUGUGCUAGCGACCACCCGUGAAUAGCGACCACCUGUCGACAACGACCGGUCUCUGGUCCCCCCAUAGAAAAAUGUUCAUAAAAAGGCCGUGAAUAGUGACCACCUGGCGACCGCGACCAGCGACCGGCCAAAUUGAUUCCCAAGGGUCAUAUUUGCCCCCCCCCCAAUAACGACCAAGCUGGACCGUUCCGGCUUGAAAAUAUUUGAAAUCCGCCGAAUUUUUACGACUUUAGCCUUAUAGCAAACAUAAUAAUUACUGCUUGAUUGAAAAUUUGCAAGUUUGCACCUGCCGAAUUAAUACAUAGAACAUAAAGAAUGCAAGAAGCUGUAAAAAUAAUUUUUAUCAGCAUGAUAAUGUCUAAAUUAGAAGUGACCCUUCCCCGCGAAUAAAGACCACCUGUGAACAAAGACCACUUUUGCUUGUUCCGAAGAGUGGUCUUUGUUCACAGGCUUGACUGUAUGUUAAAAAGGGUUAGUUUUUUUUAACAAGAGCUGUCCGAAAGACAGCCAAGUUCGACUAUUCGAAAUAUUGUCACAGAAGCAGGAAAUUAUUACCCAAAAUGUUAAAUAUCAUAAGAGUUUUAAGUUCGAAAUAGGACAUAAUUUGACCAAAAUGCAUAUCAGAGUUAUGGGACUUGAUGCUAUCAACUAGUUUUAUAACCCCGAAGAAACAUGUUAAGUUUCAAUUCCAUAAUCUGCAUUAGUUUUGGAGAUAGUAACUUGCAUGUAAAACUUUAACCAGACUUUUCUAAGUCCAAAAGGGGCAUAAUUUGCUCAAAAUACAAGUUAGAGUUAUGGAACUUGACCCAGUGAGCUUGGUAAUUGACCUAGAAAAAGAAUAAAUAAGUUUCAAAGCUAUAUGCCUUUUGGUAAUAGCUGUAUGUACUUGCACGCAAAACUUUAACCAGGAUUUUCUAAGUCCAAAAGGGGGCAUAAUUUGCCCAAAAUACAUGUCAGAGUUAUGGGACUUGAUUCUAUUAACUUGUUUUAUAACCCCAAAGACACAUGUGAAGUUUCAAUUCAUUAGUUUUGGAGAUAGUAACUUGCAUGUAAAACUUUAACCAGGAUUUUCUAAGUCCAAAAGGGAGCAUAAUUUGCCCAGAAUACAUGUCAGAGUUAUGGGACUUGACCCAGUGAGGUAGGUAAUUGAUCUAGAAAAAGAAAAAAUAAGUUUCAAAUAUAUAUGCCUUUUAGUAAUAGCUGUAUGUACUUGCACGCAAAACUUUAACCAGAAUUUCUAAGUCCAAAAGGGGGCAUAAUUUGCCCAAAAUACAUGUCAGAGUUAUGGGACUUGACCCAGUGAGGUAGGUAAUUGAUCUAGAAAAAGAAAAAAUAAGUUUCAAAUCUAUAUGCCUUUUAGUAAUAGCUGUAUGUACUUGCACGCAAAAGUUUAACCAGAAUUUUCUAAGUCCAAAAGGGGGCAUAAUUUGCCCAAAAUGAAGGUCAGAGUUAUGGGACUUGGUGCUGUCAACUAGUUUUAUAACCCCAAAGACACAUGUGAAGUUUCAAUUCAAUAUCUGCAUUAGUUUUGGAGAUAGUAACUUGCAUGUAAAACUUUAACCAGAAUUUUCUAAGUCCAAAAUGGGGCAUAAUUUGCUCAAAAUACAUGUUAGAGUUAUGGAACUUGACCCAGUGAGGUUGGUAAUUGACCUAGAAAAAAAAAAAAAUAAGUUUCAAAGCUAUAUGCCUUUAAAUGAUAGCUGUAUGUACUUGCAUGCAAAAACUUAACCAAGGUGUGACGCCGACGCCGACACCGACGCCGACGCCGACGCCAGGGUGAGUAGAAUAGCUAGACUAUUCUUCGAAUAGUCGAGCUAAAAAUCAAUUAAGAGAUAUAACAUGUAGCUAUUUCUGUGAAACAAUUGAAUGUUUGCUUGUAUUGGAGUUGUUCUUAAUGUGAUAUGUGUAAUGUUUGUAAUCAUGACAUAUAUAUUCACGAAUAAAUCUAUUUAUUUAUCUAUAUUA